CAAUCAAAUUAAAUUCUUCAAUCUGCUUUAAAUCUAUUCAAAUAUAUUAACACAAAAAAAAGCACCAACUAAUUAAGCGUUUAAUAAAUAUCAACCAACUAAAAUAUUUAAAAUAAUAAUAUGAACUAUUCAAUUUAAUCGAAAAAUGCUACCCAAUUGCUGCGAGGCUUAAAGUUUGAAGGCCAAUUAAAUAAAAUACUUGGGAUUACGCCGCGCGCGCAAACAAGUUGAGCACAGUUACAAUACACAGACUGGUUGUCCAUUUGGCAUGGUUUCAGAGGAGAAUUGGAACAGCGACACCAUGUCCGACUCGGACAUGAUCGACUCGAAGAACGAUGUGUGUGGCGGCGCGUCCAGCUCCAGCGGCAGCUCCAUAUCGCCACGCACGCCGCCCAACUGUGCGCGCUGUCGCAACCACGGGCUGAAGAUCACAUUGAAGGGCCACAAGCGGUACUGCAAGUACCGCUAUUGCACCUGCGACAAGUGCCGGCUGACCGCCGAUAGGCAGCGCGUGAUGGCGCUGCAGACGGCGCUGCGGCGUGCUCAGGCGCAGGACGAGCAGCGAUCGCUGCACAUGCACGAGGUGCCGCCGCCGGCGGGCGCUACAGCGGCCCUGCUCAGUCAUCAUGGGCAUCAUCAUCAUGUGCAUGCGCACGCCCACAGCCACGCCCAUGCGCAUCACGGGCAUGGCCAUCAUGCACAUGUGUUGCACCACCAGCAGCAGCAGGCCGCAGCGACGGCAGUGGCAGCUGCACCGCCGCCACAGCCGCCAUCGCAUCUGGGAGCUGCUGCCCACAACGGCUCGGCGGGCAGUCUGCAUGGCCACGCCCAUGCGCACGCCCAUGUGCAUCAUGCUCAUAUGGCAAGCAGCGCCGUCGCCUCAGUGGUGCAACAGCAGCAGCAGCACCACCACCAACAGCAGCAACAGCAGCACCAGCAGCACCACCACCACAGCAACCACCAGCAGCCCCAGCCGCAGCCGCAUCAGGCAUCGCUACGAUCUCCCUCACACAGCGAUCAUGGCGGCAGCGUGAGCGCAGCCACGAGCAGCUCCGGUGGCGCGAGCUCCAGCAAUGUGGCAACUGCCUCAAGCAGCGGCACGGCCGUAGCAGGCGCCGGCAGCGGUGGCAUUAGCGUCAUAACCAGCGCUGAUCAACACAUGUCCACGGUGCCAACGCCCGCACAGUCCCUGGAGGGUUCGUGCGACUCAUCAUCGCCAUCGCCAUCGUCCACAUCGGGCAACGCCGUUCUGCCCAUCUCCGUGUCCAGCACACGCAAGAAUGUGCCACUGGGCCAGGAUGUAUUCCUAGACUAUUGCCAAAAGCUGUUGGAGAAGUUUCGUUAUCCCUGGGAGCUGAUGCCGCUCAUGUAUGUGAUAUUAAAAGAUGCUGGUGCAGAUAUUGAUGAGGCUUCACGUCGCAUCGAAGAGGGCCAGUAUGUUGUCAAUGAAUACUCCCGUCAAAACAAUUUAAAUAUCUAUGACGGGGGUGAGCUACGCAACACAACGCGGCAAUGUGGAUGAUAAUUUUUCUAUUAAUCAAACUAAAUACAAAAAUUAUAUAUAUAUAUAUAAAAAAAGUUUGCCUAGUUAUCUAUUUAUUGUUUCCCGUCAACUUCAACUUAAAACAAAAACAUAUUUAAUAUUUAGCUUAAAGCUUAAAAACGCGCGCGAGUUGCAGUAAAAUAAAAAAAAAAAAAAGGAACCUCUGUAAAUAUAUUUCGAAUUUAUUGUAAGCGAGCAACUUUCAACUAUCACUUGGAAAUAUCUUCAAUCAACAAACCAAAUACACACGCAACAAAACAGCAUUCUUCAAUCAACAUACCCUGGCAUUGAUGUGCGACACUCUCCGAAACUCUUCAAUCAACAUACCCUAUAAAGAUGAUGAUCUACUCUUCAAUCAACAUACCCGCAGAGAGCAACACGCAACGAAAUCUCUUGUCAAAUCUGAUUGUUAAAAGCUGUUUAAAACAUCCUCAGAUCAACUCAACCAGCGAAAACGUGCUAGGAAAAGUCUAUCCAACGGUUGUUUAGCUUUAGUUAAAUCUUAAUGUUAAGUUCUCCUAAGUUAGCCUUAGUUAAGCUGAGUUCUUUAGGCUUAAGUUUCUAAAGGCGCGGUCUGGCGGUCAGGCUGGCAAGAACUUCUCAGAUAACCAUGCUUAUGCUCUAGAUACUAAAAACUCAUUCCAAAUUUGCAGCUAGAAAAUUGAAUCUUAUAUUAAAAAUUAAAUUUGAUACGAAUAAAUGCACCAUAUUUAAGAUCUGAGCACAAAACUUGUUAACUAUAUCAAAUUGCAAUUUAAACAUUUUUAAAUAAAUUAAAUUUAAAUUCUAAUUAAGUCCAACCUAGCCUAGCACCGCGCCCUCGCACUCAAGCUAAUUUUAUUUGUUUAAACUUAACUUUAGAUUGAUAUUAGAUUUAAAUUACAAAACUAAUCUCGCACUUGCCCAAAUUUAAAUACAGAUUUCCACUUUCAAAAUUAGAAAACUCUCUAAAAAGUACGCCCUCAAAAUAAAUGCAUGUUAAAAUAAAAACAAAAAAAUCGCCAAAAAAUCCAAACUUUUCGAAAUUUUAGUAAAUUUAUCAAUUUAUCGAACAAUUUAUGUUUAAGACCAAUUUUUUCUAAAUAGAAAAUGUUCCGAAAUUAAGAACAUUUUUAUUUUGUGGCGAUUUUCGAAAUGUUUUCAGUGCAGAUAGCAGCAAAAUUUUAAAAUAUUCUAAUAAAAACUUUCAACAUCUGUACUAUGUAAAAAUGCAGAAACUUCAGAUAUUCAGUCUAUAUAUGUAUGUAAUGUCUAACGGUAUACCUAUUAACUAUGUAUAAUUAUUGUUAUUGGUUUAAGCAGUUCAUAAAUCAUAUGCCAAGUUAAAACAACAACAAAAUACUAUAAAAAAUUAUAAUGUAAAAAAAAAUAAAAUAUUUUCCUCAAACAAAAAAGAAAAGGCGCAGCAUUAGGAGAGAGAUUCCCCAUGUGAAAGCACGAAAAUAAUGUAGAUGCCAUCCAGCUGAAUAGCUGGGCAAGGGAAAUUGUCUUUGGCAGAGUAUCAGCUGCCUGUAUAUCAUUAAAAAUUGUAACGAUUGCUUU